AUGUCCUGUGAUCCGUGCUGUUGGACCCGGGUACACGGAGUUGACAAAGGCAGUGUGGUGAUUGCCCUCGUGGUAAUGAACAACGUCAUGGGCCAGGAGUUCUGGGCCUUGAAGGGUAUGGCGACCAUCGGCGUAACAGGCACAAGCGAAGCUGAGGAGGCCUUCCUGGCAUAUCUCGGUGAGGUGAACGAGAAGGUGCUGGAUUGGAAGAGCUUUUUUCAGAAAUCUGGCGUGCAGCGUGGAGUCAACAUAAUCCAUCGCUUCAGGGAGCGGCUAUUGGGCAUCGACGAGGGCUUUUCCAAGUGGGGCAAGGAGCAGCUUGACAAUAUGAGGUCACAACAACCAGCAGAAGAUAACGUUUCUUGGCCUCCGUCCUUGCAGUGCCCUGUGCCGAAUCAUCCUCUUCAGGCAACGCCCAUUUUCGAGCGCACAGAUGCAAGCUUGCAGAAUCUUUGCAGGGAUUUCAGAUCCAUGACGCAGGAAGCCUUCGUGCAGCAUUGCGUUGAGGUUGACCAGGCCUUGCAAGAAUGUAGGCGAUCAUUCUCAGCCUUUAAGACGGUGCAAGGCAUGAGCAGGCUGCCUCAGGCGUCAGAAGUAGAGCGUUCACGCAGAAGGCUGUGGGAUGCCGUUGCCAAUCUUCUGGAGUUCAGGGCCGAGGAGGUUCUGGCCAACACGGCCUCGCAAGCCACCACAGCUUCCGCUGGCUUUCCUCCCACUCUUCUGCAUCAGCUCAAGCCGUUCGCUGUGCCUUACGAUGCACCUGGCCUGCACCAGGCCACAAAACUAGUCAACGCCGUGUUGCGGGAGGCACGUAGACUCCAGGAGGCUAAGAGGCGAGCAGACUGGCAGAGUGAUGUGACUGGGGUCCACGAGAUGCUGGAUUCCCUGUACAGCUUGACUGGGCAGGAGUCAACUCUGACACGAUCCCGAUUUCUGCGGGCACGCUAUCCGGAAAAUUUCCUGCGAGCAGACUGGCCGAGUGAUGCAGUUUGGGUCCACGAGAUGCUGGAUUCCCCGUACAGCCUGACCGUGCAGGAGCCAAUUCUGCCACGAUCACCCUUGCUGAGGGCAAACUACCCUGAGAAAUCUUUGUUCCUGCGAGCAAACUGGCCGAGUGAUGCACCAGGAGCUGUUCCUUGGCCUCCCAUUAUCCAGCAAGCUGUGAGUCGUGCAGAUUCAAGCACGCAGGAUCUUUGCAGGGAUCUGAAGGCCGUAAUGCCGGAAGAAGCCUUCGCGCAGCAUUGCAUGAAGGUAGACCGGGCCUUGCAAGAAUGUAGGCGAUCAUUCUCAGCCUUCAACACGGUGCCAGGCAUGAGCAGGCUGCCCGAGGCGUCGGAAGUCGUAGAGCUUUCAAGCAGAAGGCUGUGGGAGGACGUUUCCAGAAGACUGGAGCUCAAGUCCGAGGAGGUUCUAGCAAGCAUGCAUGACCUCUGCAGGGAUCUGAAAUCCAUCAUGGCGGAGGAAGCCUUCCGGCAGCAUUGCCUUGAUGAGAGCAGUGACCUGCACGGAACGAUCUGCCGGGACCUGUGUGGCUGCACUCCUCUCAAGUUUCUAGGGAUGGCUGUCUUAGGAGACGUAGCCUUUUUGAGCUGUAGCACAGCCGAUGGCCAUGUUGCUGUGACGGGCUGGAUUGUGGAGCUGCCGGGGACAGACGCCGUAGUUGGUACCAUUGCAGAUUCCGUGAAGACCUUAGAGCAUAAGCUGCAGUGCAAGGAGGGUGGACAUUCCUUGGGAUUCGUGAGGGCUCCCAUUUCGGCUUUGGUUCUUGAUAGGCCGAAGGAUUGGACAGGACCUCGCUUGAGUGACGUGCCGGGUUGGCGGAUCAUUGAAGCGGGAUGGAAGAAGCUGAGUGCCUCCGACCUGACCAGCAGCGAAGCCGAACAGCCGAGAAGACGAUCAGAGGAAGUAGCCAGCGGAUCGGGAAAUGUGGCACAGGGUUCUUCUGCCAGGAAGUCCAAGCUGACCCCUCACUUGAAGGGAUUGGCCACUCUGUUUGGAGAGGAGAGCGAUGGAUCGGAGGAAGACGAGGAGGCCGAGGACGACGAGUUGGGAAAGGUUCCCCUUCAGAAGGGUUUUCUUCCGCCAGGUGGCAGCGCCCGGAAGGCGAAAAAGGCCGAGGCUCGGGGAUCAGAGGAGGCCUUCGACGUGAAGAAGAUGAUGGCCAAGGCGGUUGCAAGUGGUGCGGACCCGGCCAGUCUGUUACCCAUGAUGCUCAUGGCCCAGAUGUUGGAGAAGGACAAGAAGGGGCGACGGUCUCGAAAAAGGUCCGAGGCCCUCCUUGGUGGCUCUUCCUCCGACGAGUCCGGAAGCGAAGAGGAUGGCUUGGAUCCCAAGGGAAUGAAGGCCGUUCAUACUUUGCACCGCUUCCACGAGCAGAUCUUGAAAAAGCCGAGGCGGGUGAUCGCGGCUUUCGAGAAGGAGGUCGUGGAGGAGCUGGGAGUGGUACCAGGGCAGAGCUGGACACUUCGGGAUUACGUGAAGAGGCAAAGCUGGGGCCGCUACAAAGGACUAUUCAGGUGCGCCAUGAUGGACGUGGCGACUUACGAAUUGAUCCGCAAUGGUCGCCCCGAAGCGGCCGCAGCUCAGACAAUCCAGAACUUGAAGGCGAAGAUGCAGGCGGUCAUCGAGCAGGGCGACUGGACGACGGCAUGGCUAUUGACUGGAUUGGUCGACCCGGUCCAGAAGAAGGAGUGGGCCGGCAACAAGCAGGAGAUGACCAUUGUCUCGGGGUACGUCGAUGCCAUGGCUCGGCUCAAAAAGAAGGUUCGCGAAGCUCACGGAAAAGAAGGCGACGACGAGGACGAGCCCGGACGGAAUUCUGAUUUUAUGAAGUAUCUUACUUGGUUCGAAGGCGCCCAAGGUUCUUUGCUGGAGCGGUCUGGCGAUUCAAUAUCACUUUUUCCGUGUGCGCUGCCCUACCCGGAGACCCUCUCGGCGGCGGGUGUGAAGGGUGAGGAUGAGGCCAGAGUGUGGUGGGCCAAGUCGUUGAUGAACAGCUUCGUCGCUUGGUCUAACUUUGUGGUUCUGGGUUGUCCUCGUUGGGGUGGUAGCGCAUACGAGCCACGAGUGGCCUAUCGGAGUUGCACGGAGGCGCGGGCCUUCGCCGACAGGUUGCUUGGUGAGGUGGAGGAAUUUGCUGCCUCGGACUUGGUUUUGGGUCGUCUUGCUUGUGAAGGUAAGAGGGCGACUGUAGAGGAUCUCCUCGCGCAAGUCCAGGAAAGUGCAGGUGCAAGCUACUUUGAUGGUGUUCAGGCCCCCGCCUCGACAUCGUCGCCCGCCUUGGCCGUGACGGCUGACCGCAUCGCGGUGCCCAACUCAGCGGGAGGUGUUGAUCCAGGAGACUGGCUACCAGAGGAUAGAGCAGCUGUUUUCCGGGACCUUGAGUCGAUUCGGUUGCCCGAGCAUCUUUGGGACGAAGCUCCCCUUGCCUGUCAUCGGGUGCCCCAGGCCGAGGAGGCUGAUUUGGCUCGAAAGCUGCUCGAGACGAAGAUGGCUGUGCUGGUCCCAGAAGACGCUUUGCCUCGUCGUCGUGAUGGUCGGAUGUUGGUAGGUGGUUUGUUUGCCGUGGCGAAGAAUGAGCAUGAAGACAGACUAAUAUAUGACCGCCGCCCCGAGAACUCCACUAUGCCUUAUUUGGACUGGGCUACUCUACCUAGCGCGGCAUGCUUCACUCGUCUUCUUUUGCAACCAAACCAAUACCUUCGCGGCUCAGGUGAUGAUCUGCGGAACUUCUACUACAACCUGCGACUUCCUGAAGGCUGGGAGAGGUUUAAUCCUGUUGGCCGCAGGGUUGAUGCUCGUGUCGUAGAAGAACAAGGGCUUGAUCCUCGCAUUCACCAUCGCCUAUGUCUUCGGGUAUUGGGAAUGGGUGAUCGCAACGGGUGUGCAAUCGCGCAGGCGACGCACGAGGGGAUCCUACGGAAACACGGUGGGUUGGACCCUGAGACAACCUUGCGCUAUGGUCAGAGUGCUCCUCGUGGGGAUUUGUGGCAGGGGGUUUAUCUAGAUGACUUGCUCGUUGUGCAGCGCAUGACCGUUGGAGCCGCAGUCCCGCUCGAUGGCACGUUCGACCCGCCUGAGGCUUCGGCUGAAGAUGCGGACAUGCAGGAGGUGUCGAAGGCAGAGGGUGCUUAUGAUGCCGCGGGGUUGCAGAGGGCUUUGCACAAAUCGUUUCGUGCGUUGACGAAGUUCAAGGCUUGGGGUGCCGAGAUUGACGGUGUCCAAGGCACGAUCGCUUCACCGUUGUCGGUGCGCCAGCAAGUGUGGAGGUUGUUGGAGCGUCUUGUUGCGACAGGCUGGGCUACGAAGGAGAUCAUGCAGAAGGUGCUCGGUUUCCUGGCUUUCGCUUUUCAGUUUAGGCGAGAGUUGUUCUGCUUGCACCACAGGGUUUACAAUUUUGUGGCGAAGCUGCCCGAGAAGAAGUGGUGCCGACUCCCGAAUCACAUCGUUGACGAGCUCCGGAGUGUUGCCUUGCAUCUCCCUUUUGCCAGGUGGAAUAUGCGUCGAAGUUUGCAUCCUUCGGUGCUGGCUACUGAUGCGACUCCUACCUCAGGGGGCGCUGUGAGGGCCCGAGUUGCUCCAGAGCUGAACGAGGAGUUGUGGCGCCGGUCUGAAAUAAGGGGGGCUCCAGUACGGCUAGAUCGUGCGGAGGCUUUUACGUGGAAGGCGGAGGAGCCGAUCGCGGUGUCCACUUUUGCCAGUGCGAUUUCGGAGUGUUUGCAAUGGACGGUGACUGCUUCUUAUUCUUUCCGCAGUACCAGUCACAUAAACUUGCAGGAGGGUCGAGCACUUCGUCGGGAAAUUGCUCGUAUGGCCAGCGCCCUACGGAACGCCGGCCAUGUGCAGGUGUGCCUCAAUGACAGCCGCGUGAUCGUGGGAGCGGUUGCCAAGGGGCGCUCAAGCUCCUACAAGUUGAAUGGUUUGCUAAGGGCUCAGCUUCCGUAUCUCAUCUUCGCCGACAUAGUGUUGGCGCUCCUGUGGGUGGAAACCGAGUCCAACUUGGGCGACCACCCAUCCCGCUUCAGGUCGCUGCCGCCUCCAAAGCCUCCGCCUCGCUGGAUGUCACGUUUUGGGGUUAGGCGCUUAAGGGCAGGAAGUGGUGUGCAGAUUUUCGGUUCAGAGUACUUCACGGAAGCCCAUCGUGACAAAGGUCUGAUGAUGUGGGACCCGGUUGAUGUCGGGCACGAGGCAAGCCUACUCCGGACAACACUAGGCUGGCAUUCUUGGGUUGCCGAAGCCAUCGAGGAGGGGGUGAUCACGUGGUUGUGGUUGGCUCCUCCUAAGGGUUGUGGUCCUCGGAUUUGGAGUGAGGUGCUAGGUCUGGCGGCAAUCAUGCUUGAAGGUAAUGGCUACGUGUUCAUCGAGCACCCGCGGAAAGGGGGGGCACUUCGAGGCCGGGAUACGCAGCUUUUCAUGUCGAAGCACGAGGGGAUCCGCAGAUAUAUUGUCGAUUGGAACCUUUAUGUCGACCCGGGAAGCCGUGAGGAGGGGGAACUCGAGCAGUCUGUUGUGUUGUCCAAUGCGCCGUGGUUGAGUUCAGUAAGCCCGCAGUGUCCGUGCCAACACGCACCGAAUCCUCAGCCCCGAAAUGGUGCCUUGGUGACCUACCCAAAAGUCUUUUGCGAUCUCCUUGCCGAUGCCGCCCUCUCGUGGAACCCGUCCUGGGCGUCUGCGUAUGUGGAUGCGUGGUUGGAGCGAGCGGUUGAGGCGGCUUUCCAAGGUGGUGAAAAGUUGUACUGGGCUACCCUGGCAGUGCUGAGCAUUCAAAAGGAGCUUCGAUUGUCCGGGCCUUUGUUGAGGAACACCUGGUCAAACCUUCGAGCGUGGCGGAUGUUGCAACCAAUCAAGCCGCGGGUGCCAAUGACCCAUUAUGUGAUGCAAUGUGUCCUUGUCGUCUGCCUCGCCUUUGCGAAUCAAUCCAGCGGUUCGGCGAAAGCGGAAUGGUUUUCAACUAUGUUGGGGAUCUGGCUAGCGUUUGCGGGAAUGCUCCGGCCUGGCGAGGUAGAUAACCUCAAAUUCUCCGACUUUUGUUUUCCAGAAGUGGCAGAGCUUUGUGAGAAUGUGGGGCUGGUCGUAAACAUACGUCAAGCUAAGACGCGGAGAGUAUGGGCGAACCAGUUCAUCCUCAUACAUGAUCGGGCUCUGGUGUCCUGGUUGCGAUGGUGGGCGCAGGAUCAAAAACCUUCGCUUCGCUUCUUGCAGGUGGGACGCCGGAAGUGGUCGGAGCGACUACGUGAGGCCCUCAAUGCUUUGGAUUUGGAGACCUGUCAUUUGACGCUAGGGACGGAAACAUUACGGCAUUAUUUGCAAGAUGCCCUGGCCAUUCACACGUUGGCCCAGGCUCCCGGCUCUGCUAAGGACAAGCUUGCUGAAGUGUAUGAUUACUGCGGCUAUUUGGGACGGUCCGAGCUCUCCUUCGUCGUCGUCCACCAGGACCGCUGGAGCUACCUCGUCGUGGUCUCGGGUGUCGUUGCCUGGGCGAGUGCAGAGCAAAGACGAAGCGCUGAAGCUGUGGAAGUCCGUUUACCCCGACGUUCAGAUGCCAGAGCACCGCCCAAUUCCAAUGUAAGGCGUCGUGAGGGAGCGGGGGAGGCUGAGGAAGCGACAGAAGGCACCGCUUCUGCUGCAGCUGAGGCGCUGCAGUCGCUGGCUGGGCAAAUCAAGCAGCCUUUGGAUGGCGGCUUGACGGCAACACAAGUGUUGGAGGACCCGCAGGCGCGGGCAGCGGCUGCCAGGUGGCGUGCGGGAAGCAGUGCUCGCCGUUUAACGGCCGUCCUAGCCCGGGCGAGGCAAGGCCUACAAGCCUGGGUGAAUGGGCCAACUCGUGAGUUGAGCGGGGGGCCGCCUGCCCCUGUCCGGCCUCGCCCACUUCGCCCUGCUUCGCGCGACGGCACACCUGCAGAACCAACCUCGUGGCGAGCCUGGUUGCCGCGACUUAGUGUGUGGACGGUCUUGCUGCUGGUGUGUGUCUUGGUGUUCCCUCGCAUCAUCGCCAAGUUCGCCACUUUGAUCCUCAGACUGUUGGGCAAGGCCAUGUUUAGCCUCAUGUCGAAUCUGAUCCAGGAACUCCUGUCUCAGACUUUGCAGGCAGCGACUGAGAUGGAGGAUCAGGUCGUGGAGUACCUGAACCUUUACCUCGGUGGCGACAGCAAACCUGUGGCGUCGCUGCCGCAGUCUGACGCUGUGGCCACACCUCCUGCGCAGCAGCAGGUGGUGGUCGCCCACCCGACCCGCCCGGUCGACUUGCUGAUGCUCCUGCUCCUAACCUUCGCCAGCAGCAGGUGGGGGGGGGUGGGGGGGAAGCCAGGAUCUAACUAUGAGCUGUUCAUCGCUGGUGCCCACGUGUUUCCCGAGGGAGGCAUCCUUGAAGGUGGCUUCGGGAUCCAGUCUGAAGGGCCCCAGGCGAUUGAGUGUGGUGCCUUUUUGGCCAAGAAGGAGAGCAGUGACCUGCACGGAACGAUCUGCCGGGACCUGUGCAUCCUUGAAGGUGGCUUCGGGAUCCAGUCUGAAGGGCCCCAGGCGAUUGAGUGUGGUGCCUUUUUGGCCAAGAAGGAGUUGCUCCAAGCAUUCCGUGCACGAGAAGGCCCACGCUACUGUUCGGCGCUUCAACACGUUUUUGACCUGGGCCUUGGAGCGAAGGCCCUCCCCUGGGUCUACCGACUCUUUCGCCAUGUCGGGACAGACCAGGUCAAAGCAGAAGACCACAGCCAGCAGGAGGUGAACCUGCAGCUGUGCUUCGUGCUCGACUCCGCAGCACAGAUGCGUGCCCAUGUCCAGCACACCAAGACAAGCGUCAGCCACAUUUUGUACGCCCUCAGGGAUACUCGUGUGAAGAUGUUUCCACAGGCUGUUGUCGAGGCGCAGAUGUCUGCGAUCGUCUUCGCGCAUGAGAGCAGAACGGGGCCGGAGGCUGCCAGAGAGUGUUCAGGCUUCACGAAGGAUGCGGCAGAGCUGGAAGCCUCCAUCGAUCGGCAGCUGGAAGAUCUCAGCUCAGCUCCGGAGGGCCUGCCUGGCGCCUUGCACAGAGCCUCGCAUUUAGACUGGACCUCAGAGAGGUGUUUAGUCAUCGUUCUCACGGAGGCCACCGGUGCCAGUGACGACAGCGGCGGGGAGCAGGAGAAGGUGCAAGCCCUGCGAGCACAGGGAAUAGCAGUGGUGUUUUUCUACGCGCCUGGCACAGACGCAGUCCGCGGCGUAUGCAAGGAACUGAAAGAUGUCGAUCCCGACGUCGUUCGUGAGGUAGUGGAGCCCAACAAGAUUGUAGAGACGAUGAUGCCGAUCUUGAAAGCCAGGCUACUAAAGCCCCUGUAUUAUGUCCUGCAGCCUCUCGCCUCGCCUGAGCAUGCGGUGCAAGAUGUUUGGUUGCUUGUCACUGAGUCGACAGACGUGGAGGUGGAAGACUGCAGCGGGCAAAAGGAACUCCUGAAGAUCGGAUCGGACGGAUUCCUGUGGCUCGGCACGUCUCGUCCGAAGUGCAGGGUGUCCCUGCUCCGUCCUUCCUCCGAGCUGGAUCCCUUCUUCGAAAAGAGAAGCCUUCCAGUGAGGCUGAGUGAUGAAUUCCCAGGCACUGAGACCCACAUCUUGCAGAUCGAUGCCUUGACAGCCUUGACAAGCUCGCAGCAGGAAUUCCUCCACCAGGAGCUGCAGGAGAGCUUUCGGCACCGCGAUGGUCCACGCUACCUCGGAGCAUUGACCCUGGCCCUCCGCUAUGGCUUAGACAGGCAGGCACUCCCCUGGGUCUACCGACUCUUUCGCCAUGUCGGGCCAGACCAGGUCAAGGCAGAAGACCACAGCCAGCAGGAGGUGAGCCUGCAGCUGUGCUUCGUGCUCGACUCCGCAGCACAGAUGCGUGCCCAUGUCCAGCACACCAAGACAAGCGUCAGCCACAUUUUGUACGCCCUCAGGGAUACUCGUGUGAAGAUGUUUCCACAGGCUGUUGUCGAGGCGCAGAUGUCUGCGAUCGUCUUCGCGCAUGAGAGCAGAACGGGGCCGGAGGCUGCCAGAGAGUGUUCAGGCUUCACGAAGGAUGCGGCAGAGCUGGAAGCCUCCAUCGAUCGGCAGCUGGAAGAUCUCAGCUCAGCUCCGGAGGGCCUGCCUGGCGCCUUGCACAGAGCCUCGCAUUUAGACUGGACCUCAGAGAGGUGUUUAGUCAUCGUUCUCACGGAGGCCACCGGUGCCAGUGACGACAGCGGCGGGGAGCAGGAGAAGGUGCAAGCCCUGCGAGCACAGGGAAUAGCAGUGGUGUUCUUCUACGCGCCUGGCACAGACGCAGUCCGCGGCGCAUGCAAGGAACUGAAAGAUGUCGAUCCCGACGUCGUUCGUGAGGUAGUGGAGCCCAACAAGAUUGUAGAGGCGAUGAUGCCGAUCUUGAAAGCCAGGCUGCUAAAGCCCCUGUAUUAUGUCCUGCAGCCUCUCGCCUCGCCUGAGCAUGCGGUGCAAGAUGUUUGGUUGCUUGUCACUGAGUCGACAGACGUGGAGGUGGAAGACUGCAGCGGGCAAAGGGAACUCCUGAAGAUCGGAUCGGACGGAUUCCUGUGGCUCGGCACGUCUCGUCCGAAGUGCAGGGUGUCCCUGCUCCGUCCUUCCUCCGAGCUGGAUCCCUUCUUCGAAAAGAGAAGCCUUCCAGUGAGGCUGAGUGAUGAAUUCCCAGGCACUGAGACCCACAUCUUGCAGAUCGAUGCCUUGACAGCCUUGACAAGCUCGCAGCAGGAAUUCCUCCACCAGGAGCUGCAGGAGAGCUUUCGGCACCGCGAUGGUCCACGCUACCUCGGAGCAUUGACCCUGGCCCUCCGCUAUGGCUUAGACAGGCAGGCACUCCCCUGGGUCUACCGACUCUUUCGCCAUGUCGGGCCAGACCAGGUCAAGGCAGAAGACCACAGCCAGCAGGAGGUGAGCCUGCAGCUGUGCAGUGACGCUCAAGUCUUGUCCUACGUUUUGAGGCCUGGGUUUUUGAAGCAGAAGCCUGAAGACUCAUUCCGGGCAGUUGCCGAAGGACAUUAUUUGGAGGUCAAGACUUCUGCUGGCACCAACAAACAUGUGAUCGGAACGGACGGUUUGGUUUGGUUGAGCGAAGGAGUCGCGGAUCGCCCGCAGAUGCUGACUAUACACAGGCCACAAGAAAGGAGUUUGGACCUGCGUUUUGCCAGGCACAGUGCACCUCAAUGUGUUCAGAGCACUUACAACGGCGACGAAGAUAUCCGAUUCGAGAUUGUGGGUGUCCCUUGCUUGCAUUGCUUGCAUCAUCAGGCUCAGGCGACGGACAUGGUGUCCUGGCAGAAAGUUUGUCUCAAGGCGAGCGUGUAUAACAUGGAUGCCAUUCGGCGUAUUUACGGAGAUGCUGCUCGGGACCCCUGGCACAAUCCAAUCGGGUCAGCCUUCGACUUGGCACAGGACGAAUCAUUGCAUGGCUUCAGGUUAAUCAUAUUAAAUGCGCAUCAGAGGCAUGGCCUUCCGGAAGAUAUCACGAACCAUGUUAUUCCGACACUGGAGUGCAAGGGUCUCGAAGUCGCCUGCUGCGUCGCGGUGGAUGAAUUUUCUCAGCGCCUGAACACGGAGAAUUACCACGUCGCCUGGAUAAUCAGCACAGAUAGCUGGACUGGAGGGAACCGUUUGUGGAGGAGGUCAAGAAAUUUCACGAAGCCGGCCGAGGACAACCAUCCCUACUACGACCACGCAAAUGUGAUUCUGCAGGAACUCUUUGGCUUCCGACUGGAGGGCAACACUGGCGCAGGAAAGUGUUUGCGUCGAAACGAAGAAGGGCAGCUGACGACGGGUGAAUUCGGCGGGCACGGGAAGCUAUGCUGCGGCAUCGAACAGCUUUUCGAGGGCGUGACCAUUUGCUACCCAAAUCGCAUCCCCGAGGGAUGGUCUGUCUUCGGCAUGUCCACUGACUCGCACCCAGUCCUCUUGUGCAACGAAGCUACCUCGGAACUCCCACGGACAGCUGGGUCUGGCCGGGUCGUUGUGGAUUGUGGUUUUACGAAGUUGAUGGGGAAGCAUUGGGACCAGGCUGGAACCGCUCGCUACGUCAACAACUGUUGUGUGUGGCUCGUGUUGCGAGAGCGAUUCCUCAGUCCCUCCGAAAAGUAG